AUGGCAACUUCCACUGGAACCGGAUGGGCUCAGCUUCGGCAGCAAGCCCGUUCGCUUGAGACUCAGACCGAGAGUCUGUUCCACACCUACGCGCAGUAUGCAUCGAUGACGAAGCUGCCUCCGAAACCCUCAGAAGAAGAACAACGGGUUGAAUCGCAACUGAAAGAUCUUCUCGAAAAGGUGUGUACUCUGGGGUUCCUAAAGUCCGGCUCAGCGGGCAUCUAUGCUGAUACUUUCCCAUCACAGCGUGAAUCCCUCAUCUCCCAGCUCUCCCGUCUCCUCGACUCCGAAGCCACUCUCACCGCAUCCGCCCUGAAACAGAGCAAUCUUGCCCGGAAUCGCGAAGUCCUCCACGAUCAUCGCCGCGAACUGCAGCGCCUGAACGCCGCAAUCGCAGAGUCCCGCGACCGAGCCAAUCUUUUGUCGAACGUUCGCUCCGACAUUGAUGCCUACCGCAAUUCAAACCCCGCCGCUGCCGAGGCAGACUACAUGCUCGAGGAGCGGGGUCGUAUAGACGAAAGUCAUAAUAUGAUAGAUGGCGUUCUGAGCCAGGCGUAUGCGAUCAACGAGAGUUUUGGGCUACAACGUGAAACGCUGGCCAGCAUCAAUCGUCGUAUCGUUGGCGCUGCCAAUAAGGUACCCGGAAUGAAUGCUUUGAUCGGUAAGAUUGGUACGAAGAGGAGACGUGACGCGAUCAUCUUGGGAGCUUUUAUCGGGUUUUGUUUCUUGAUGCUUUUCUUCUUCCGGUGA